AUGAUAAGAACUUUCACUAAAAGUAAGAACCCCCCACCCCCCAGGCAAGGGUCUCAAUCCCGGCCAGGCGGCGGCCACGCAGCCCUUCACCACGUGUCUAGGGAAGCCGCCGGGGGUUUCCCCGCCCCGCGCGGCCACCGCCCCCAGUGGGCGGAGAGCCCCGCAGCCUCCCCGCCCCAUUGCCUCGGGCCUGGUCCCUCUACUGCCCCUCCCUCCCUCCCGUCGGAAUUCGCAGCCUCUCCGGUUCUUUCCAUCCCCCAGGGGCCUCCUCCGGGUUAUUAUUUGGGCAGGAGAGGCGGGGGCGUCGAGGUGGCGGGUCCCGCACUCGGCCCGACCCGCAUUCCGGGCGCUCCCGCUCGAUGCCGCGCGGCAGCCGACUCCUCUAAAUACCCGGGCGUCGCCGCGGCCUCGCUCCCGUCCGCGCGCAGAAGCCGGUGGGGGCCCGAGAACCUCUGGCACCGUAGGGCGCCCCGACCCCCCGCAUCUCCUCAAAGGCCCCCUGAAAAAAGUGCCGGCCAGCCCUCGGCCCUUCUCAGGCUGCGGUGUCCAGACUCCGCGGACCACUUCGGCCUCACAGGGCAACCCGGAGGCCCAGGGCAGCGGCCACGGCUCUCCCCCCACCAUUCCUCCCCUCCGCGAAGGCCGCCCGGCCAACUCCACGCUCCCCGUUCCCUUCCAGGCCCCCAUCCGUUACCGGCAGCUAGUACGGGGAGCCAGGCGGCCGGAGCUGCGCAGGCAGUGACUCAGGGAGGCAGCGGAGACGGGAGGAGCAGGAGGCGGCGCCGAGAGCAGAUGGCGCUAAAAAAGACCCAAGAGCCCGCCGCUCGCGCUCAUAUACAAUUAGCGUCAGCACGUAGGGCCCGCUCCGCCGCCCUCCCCCUGGCCUCGGCGUCUCCUGGCAACGCGAGCGGGAGGCGGGCCCGGGACUGGUUGCUUAGUAACAGAACCGUCCUUCUUCGCCGACGAUCUCCAACCAGCAAGUGUACAGCAGAGUUUUCCAGAGGCUCCCCGACAUGUGACAAGGAAACAUUGAAAGAGAAGCAGGCAGGAGAAUCCAGUCAUCUGUUGUGAAACCACAUAUGAAAGAACUUUACAGACAUGUGAAACAACAAAACGACACCACUCAUUUUUGUUGUUGUAAAGUUAUUUUUCAUAUAGAAGGCUUUUCCGU